AUGCAGUUGCCAGUGAUCUCGUCUCUCAUAUUAUUCUUCAUAUACCUUGGAAGCACCCAAGCCCUUAGGUUCGAUGUGCCAGCUUCUUCCUCAAGAACAACCCCAUUUUGCAUCAGGGACUUUGUAACCGAAAAUCAAUUAGUUGUUGCCAAAAUCCACUCUUCUGGUCAUGUGGGUGAUGGUCAAGUGCUAAACUUUUACAUCGUUGACAGUGUCGGUAAUGAAUACCGUAGAAAGAAGGACUUUGCUGGAAAUGUCAGAGUUGCCUUCACUUCCCACUCAAAUUCCGCCUUUGAUGUUUGUUUUGAAAACACUGCAGUGCAUAGAGGUAGAUCUCUUUCUAGAGAAGUUGAAUUGGACAUCGAAGCUGGUGCCGCUGCCAGAGAUUGGAAUGCCAUCCAGGCUGCUGAAAAAUUGAAGCCAGCUGAAGUCGAGUUGAGAAGAAUUGAAGAAUUGACUGAUGAACUUGUGGAUGAAUUGAACUACUUGAAAAGAAGAGAAGAAAGAUUAAGAGACACUAACGAAUCUACCAACACCAGAGUCAAGAACUUUUCUGUUUGUGCCAUCUUUUUACUCAUGGCCUUGGGUGCAUGGCAAGUUAAUUACUUGAGAAAUUACUUUAGAUCAAAGCAUAUCUUAUGA